AUGGAGACGAUGCGAGCACAACGGCUGCAGCCCGGGGUGGGCACCGGCGGAAGGGGCACUCUUCGAGCGCUGCGGCCCGGGGUGACGGGGGCCGCGGCCACUGCCGCCACACCCCCCGCGGGGCCCCCGCCGGCCCCGCCGCCCCCCGCGCCGCCCCCGCCGCCGCUGCUCCUGUCGGGGGCCCCGGGGCUGUCCCUGUCUCCCGGCGCCGCAGGCAGCCCCGCGGUGCUGCGCGAGGCGGUGGAGGCCGUGGUCAGGAGCUUCGCCAAGCACACGCAGGGCUACGGCCGAGUGAACGUGGUGGAGGCACUGCAGGAAUUCUGGCAGAUGAAGCAGUCUCGUGGAGCCGACUUGAAGAACGGGGCUCUGGUGGUCUAUGAGAUGGUUCCUUCCAGCAGCCCCCCCUAUGUCUGCUAUGUCACCCUGCCUGGGGGAAGCUGCUUUGGGAGUUUUCAGUUUUGCCCCACAAAAGCUGAGGCCCGGAGGAGUGCGGCAAAGAUUGCACUAAUGAACUCUGUGUUCAACGAACACCCUUCCCGCAGGAUCACUGACGAGUUCAUUGAGAAGAGCGUCUCUGAGGCCCUGGCAUCUUUCAAUGGCAACAGGGAGGAAGCCGACAACCCAAAUACGGGGAUUGGUGCCUUCCGAUUCAUGUUGGAAUCCAACAAGGGCAAGUCAAUGUUGGAGUUCCAGGAGCUAAUGACAGUUUUUCAACUGCUGCACUGGAAUGGCAGCCUUAAGGCCAUGAGGGAAAGACAGUGUUCUCGUCAGGAGGUGUUGGCUCAUUACUCGCACCGGGCCCUGGAUGAUGAUAUUCGCCACCAAAUGGCCUUGGACUGGGUGAGCCGGGAGCAGAGUGUGCCAGGGGCACUGUCUAGAGAGCUGGCCUCCACCGAACGGGAGCUGGAUGAAGCUCGGCUGGCAGGCAAGGAGCUGCGCUUUCACAAGGAGAAGAAAGAUAUUCUCAUGCUGGCUGCUGGGCAGUUGGGCAAUAUGCAUUCCUCCAACUGCUAGGCACCUUCCCUCAGACUCCCCAUCCUCGCCACACCCUUUUUGUAUGUCUCCUUGCUAAGACUUAGGAUGAUUUCUGUAUAUAAUUUCUCAGUUUUAUACUUUAAAAGAUAUAUGUAUAAUUUCUAUACCUGGAUUCCUAUUUGCUAAGAGAUCCCUUUUCUAACUUCCAGUUUUUCGAUGUGGUUUCACUUGAAACAUCUCCAUUCCACUUAAGAAAGCGUAGACUCUCUCUGGAGCAUUGUUGGCUCUUAGACUUCCAGAUAAAGUCGCCAAGUCAUUUCAGUGGCACAUGAUUGACUAAGUGCUCAUUUGCUAUUUCCUUCUUUUAAAAGAACAGGUACAGGGCCAGGGAUUUAGCUCAGUGGUUUUAGUGCCUGCCUCGCAAGCACAAGGUCCUGAGUUCGAUCCCUGAUACCAAAAAAUAAAUCAAUAAAUAAAAGAACAGGUAGGCUGGAGGAGGACUAUGUGCCCCACCCUCACCCGCAUUCUUGCCUUCUCUUGCAUUCAAACAGGGUAUGUGUUAGAAGCCUUUGGCUUUGGUUUAUCUCGAGCUGGAUCUGCGUGGUAUCCUUUUUUCCCCCCUCUAUGUCCUUACUCCUUCUUUGCCUUCAAAUGCUCCUUUAUUUUAAGGCUUUCUUAGAGCUAUGGUUUCUUAUUCUUAAAUUGCUCCUGAGAAACUGCCCAGGAACAAGAGAGCAAUUAUAAUUACAAUUCAUGGAGGUUACUAUCUAAGUUGCUUCUGAGGCUUAUAUAUACCAUCCCAGCUUGCUAAAUGUACUCUGUAGUAAGAGGGAGGUCAAGUUUGAUGCUAUCAUUCAGCAUUCUCUUUUCAUUUCUCCCCCGCUCACCCAGCUUAAUUAAGCCUCAUAUCUAAACUUCCUGCCUGCAGAGCUUGGUAGGAAAUAAAAUGCCCCACCACUUCCCACCCUGCCCCAUCAUUUUGCUCUGUGGAAGCAAUAUCUAUCCUACUUGGCAAGUAAGGGCCAAGUUCCUCUCACUUCCACUAAGUUGCUGCUGUUUGUACUUUAGAUGUAUGUAAGCUACUUUAGAUUUUCAUCUGUUUCUUCUCUUUGCUUUCCCUUUUCUCCACAUUCAUUAUUUGAGCAUGAGUUAGGAAAACUAGAUGAGACUUUGGUAUUAUACAACUUCCUCAUUGGAACUUUGGGAAACUGCAGGAAGGGGAAGAGAACAACGAUCUGCUAUAUGUGUUUUUGAUAUGGUUCUCCUCCCCCACCUUUCUCUUGGGUGAAGUAAGAAAUUAUCUGCAGUAGAACUACAAAAUUCUUCCUCAGAGAACUUUUUUGGAGAAUUAUAUGUAGUAAAGUAUAUUUUCCCCUUGUUUCUGUAAUCUCCAUUAUACUAUAUUAUUGUUCAGUGCACUUUCUAAACUGAGUUUGGGAAGUUUAAUGCUCCUGCAGUUGGACUUCCCAUUUAUCAAUUGCAUUAUUUUCUUUUAGAAGUAGACUAAGAAAAAGACCAUAAUUUACUGUUUUGGAUUAGAUAGGAGCAAGAUGAAAGGGAAUUUUCUUGCUUUGGAAAUCAUCUGGUGACUAGUACAUAUGGGAUCAAAAAUAAGGAGUCUGUCCACAAUUAUAGUGGUGUUUAAAAGAGGCUUCCUUGAUUCUCUGAGCCCCAUCUUUGUAUUCUAUGGAACACGUGGGGUUGGAGUAGAGGAGCCUACAUUACAUAAUAGGUGCAUCUAUCUCUUUUUAUUGAGUGAUAUUUAUAACCCAGAAAUCAUGACCCCUCCAGUUUCUCCUGUGCUUCUUCCUCUGGGAAAAAUUAUUAAGAGGCAUUAGUUGUGGGAAGAAUUGUCCUUGAACCUCCAAGAUUUAUUAUUUUUCUCAAAUACUCAAGAUCCCAAAGAACUUGACAAAAAUUGUUCCCUGAUCUGUCUGCUCUUGGUGUUGAUGAUUUUACUUCUCUUUUUAGUACUUUUUAUGUAUUUUAUAUGUAUAAUUUUGUAUAAUUAAAAAUAGAUUUUUGUCCAGAA